UGCGUGUAAGGGGGCUGGGGGUCUGCUUGUAAAAGUUCAAGUCUUGAGCUCUCGCUUCCUGUCUGCCGUCCGACUCCCAGGCCGAAGGACGCGUCCGCCGGACUCUCGUUCUCUAUUCGGGGGGGCCCACGGCUCCCGGGGGUUUGCCGGCGUGCGCGUCGACGUUCGACUGAGCCCCGAAGACGCGCGACAGCAACGCAAGCGCAGGAACCCUUCCGACAAACUUCCCGCCUGGCGCGGCGGGUCCAAGAUGGCUGCCUUGAGGGCGCUCCUCCUGCUGCUGGCGGCCGCGUCGUCGUCGGCGGCAGCGCCAGGGAACGGCGCCCGUGUGGAGGUGAACGCGGGCAUGGAGGUGGUCAGGGGGCGCCGGGCCUUCCUGGGCAGGGAGCAGCUGAGGAUCGGCGCGGAAGCCGACGCCCACUGCAAGGUGGAGGUGGUCCUGAACGAGCCAAUUACGCAGCGGGUGGGACGCCUCACGCCGCAGGUGUUUGACUGCGAUUUCCUGCCAGAAGAAGUCAUGUACCAACACAAUGGAAGUCCUCUGUUGAACAGCGACCAAGUCCUACUGCGAGUCUACAGGUUCAGGUCUUCGGAAACAUCGGUGGAGUCGGUGCUCUUGCAGAUUCGCGUGGUGGACCGGUCUUUGGGCCUGGCGGACUUGGGCACGACCCCGCUGACGGUUCGGGACUUCUACGCGCUGUCCAACGCCAUCGACGACUCGGUGGUGAACAUCCGGAGCCCGGGCCGCGCCGCGUGCACCGUGCGACUGCUCGCCGCCGCCGGAGCUCUGACUGCCGGUCGGCUGGUGCGGGGGGACGACGCCCUCCAGAGGACAGGUCGUGAAGCGCCGGCGGCGCCGUGCCCAGGAAACAAAGCCUGCGCCAGCGGCACCGAGGAAGUCGGCUUCCUGAAGACUAGCUGCCAGGACUUCGUGAGUUCCGGCCUCAAGUACCAACACCUCAGCCCGCCCUCGCCCGACCUCGACUACAUCGCCAUCAGUGUUGAACUGAGGGAGCAGGAUACCAGGGCUGUGCUGGAGACGGAGUCUCUCUGGCUGCCGGUGCGGAUCGUCGGGGCGACGCCCAACCAGCCGCCGCGGGCCGCCUUCGUGGCGUCCUUCAUCCUGGAAGUGGACCAGUUCGUCCUGACCCCGAUCACCACCGCCUCCCUGGACGCGGAAGACCCCGAGACCCCCAAGGACGGGCUGGUGUUCAACGUGAGCGCCCCGCCCCCCCGAGGCUACGUCACCCACCUGGACCGGCACACCGAGCCCGUGCGCUCCUUCACCUGGUCGGACCUCCACCACCUGAAGGUGGCGUACCAGCCGCCCAACAGCAGCCACCUGACACGUGACAACUUUCAGAUGGAGUUCCAGGCCAUCGACGCGUCCUACGCAGCCGGUCCGCCCGUCGUGCUGCACGUGUCCAUCAAGGCGGCGGAGACAAAUGCGCCGCGGGUGUCGUGGAACACGGGUCUGGACCUGCUGGAGGGUCAGUCGCGAGCGAUCACGUGGGCGCAGCUGCAGAUCGUAGACCGCGACGACAUCGACGACGUCUUCCUCGUGGCGCUGGACGGGCCGCGGCACGGGCGCCUCAGCGUCAGAGGGGCGAAGGCGUUUGCGUUCGGCGUGCGGGACCUGCGCGAGGGGGCGGUGGUCUACGAGCACUCGGACAGCGACACCACCCGCGACCACAUCGUCUUCCGUAUCAGCGACGGGCGCCACAGCAUCCGCCACAAGUUCCCCAUCAACAUCGUGCCCCGUGACGACGCGCCGCCCUUCCUGGUCAACAACGUGGCGCUGGAGGUGCGGGAGGGCGACGCCCUCCGGCUCGACCCGUCCGCGCUCUUGGCCUCCGACCUGGACUCCAGCGACGCCCGCAUCCUCUUCACGGUGGACGCCCCCCCGAGGGCCGGCCGGAUCGUCACCAGGACCUCCCCCCGCGAGCCGGGCAUCCCCAUCGCCGCCUUCCUGCAGCACCAGUUGACUCAAGGUUUAAUCUUCUACCAACACUCCGGAGACGAAAUCUUCGAGGACUCCUUCGACGUCACGCUGGCCGACGCCCACGCGCCACCCAACCUAUCGCAAGCUUACACAGUGGUGGUGCACGUGUUCCCGGUGGAGGACCAGCUUCCCGCGGAAUCUCCCGCAAGCGUGCGCCACGUGACGGUGAAGGAGACGCAAGUGGCGUACAUCACCCGCGCGCACCUGCACUUCACCCACGCCGAACACUCGCACGCUGACCUCACCUAUGACGUCACCCGCCCGUGCCACAGCCCGCAACAUCCUGGGUUGAUGGACGCGGGUCGUCUCUUCCACGUGGACAGCGUCGCCGCCCUGAGGCGCGACCCGACGGCGCCGGCACUGAAGUCGUUCACGCAGCACGCGGUGGACCACCUGAAGGUGGCCUACAUGCCGCCCCUGGAGGACAUCGGACCCGACGAGCUCACCGUCCAGUUGGUGUUGUCGGUCAGCGACCGUCGCGGCGGCGGCGCCGUCGCCGGCGUCCUCUUCAACAUCACCGUCACGCCCGUCGACGACCAGGCGCCUCAGGCUUUCAGCAACUUGUUGCGCGUGGAGGAAGGCAGUUGGGCGUUUGUGACGGAGGAGCACCUUCUGGUGCGAGACCGCGACACCCGCCGGCCGGCCCUCAGGGUGGAGCUCGAGCGGCUGGCGCACCGCGGCCGUCUAGAGCUGCGGGGGCGGACCCUACGACGCCGAGACGCUUUUACGCUCGCGGAUCUCGGAGGACUUGCCGUCAGGUACGUCCACGACGACUCCGAGACCACCGAGGACGAUGUCGGGCUGCGCGUGACAGACGGCGUCAACGCGGUGGACGUGGACCUGCUCGUCCAGGUUCUGCCUGUGAAUGACGAGCCCCCCCAGCUAGGCGGCGGCCUGCGCGGCGACCUGCGCUGCCCGGAGGGGGGCCGCGUCCAGGUGACGGCCGACUACCUGGCGGCCACCGACCGGGACAGCGAGGACGCUAAGCUGAGCUACAUGUUAGCGCGGCGGCCCGCAAGGGGGGAGCUGCAGAGGGCAGGAAUUCCCGUGGACAAGUUCUCGCAGCAGGACCUCCUGCAGGGUCAUGUCUUCUAUGUGCACACGGGUGGCGAGAUCGGCCCGGCUCCUGCCUCCGACACCGUCACGCUCAUCAUCUCCGACGGCGACGCGGGCGGGACGGACGGCUGUUGCCACGGCGAUGCUCCGCCGGUCCCGCUGCACGGCACACUUCCUGUGUAUGAUCUCAACGUCACGCUACUUCCUGUCAACAACAAAGUUCCCGCUGUCAUACUGGGAGCAUCCAUGUUGGUGGUGGACGAGGGUUCCCGGGCGUGUCUGUGCGGAGGUGUCCUGGGGGCCUCGGACCCCGACAGCCCCCCCGACCAGCUGACCUUUCACCUGGACACCAAACCUCUGCACGGCUUCCUGGAAAACAUUCAGCCAACACCGGGAUACGAGAAGAGCAACGCAGGAAUUCCCAUAGAGUCGUUCAAGUUGGACGAGCUGACAUCAGGCUUCAUCAACUACGUCCAAUCAGAGCACAAAGGGGCGGAGCCAACGGUGGAACAAUUGCUGAUCAGCGUGAGCGACGGCCUGCAUCACUCCGCCUCCGUUCCCGUCUACAUCAUCAUCAAUCCGACCAAUGACGAGAAGCCGUCACUGCAGCUCGCCAACUUUACCGUGAAGGAGGGGGGCACACGGGAGCUGACCCGCACCCUCCUGGAUGCCUUCGACCUGGAUGCCCCCCCGGACGAGUUGACCUUCAGCCUGACGGGGGCGCCGGCGCACGGCAGCCUGAAGGCGAGCGCCUUCCGUCCUCCCGAAGGAUCGAGCGCUUCACUUGUCAGCGUCACCUCUUUCACCCUGCAGCAGCUGCGACAGGGCCUGACGUUAUGGUACGCGCACGACGGCUCGGAGACCUCGGAGGACCGGCUGACUCUGCAACUGACCGACGGCGUCCACUCGCUCGGCGCCACCGCCGCGGUCGUCGUGCUGCCCGUCGACGACCACCCGCCCCGCCUCGUCAAGAACGCCGGCGCGGAGGCGGAGCCCGGCGUGCGACGGGCGCUGACCGCCGCCGUCCUCCUGGCCGACGACGCCGACACGCCUCCGGCGAAACUCUUCUACCUGCUGCACGCCGCGCCGCGCUUCGGAAAACUGCAUCUGAAGACGAGCGAAACGGGCCUGACGGAGCUGGCGGCGGGUCACAACUUCACUCAGGACGACGUGGACGCUAACCGGCUAAGCUACACGCCGUCGGCUAACGCUAACCGGCCGAGCGACGCGCCCCGCGACCGUGCCGACGCGGCCGGGUUCGAGGGUCACGACGGCUUCCGUUUCAGCCUCAGCGACUUGGAACACCGGAGCUCCGCCCACGUCUUCGACAUCACCGUCCGCACCGCCCGCAAAGGCGACAUCUCUUUGCGGACCGGCGAGGUGCGCGUGGCGGAGGGCCAGCGUGCGGUGCUGAACACCGACUUCCUGCGGGCCUCGGACGGCGGCGGGCGCCCGGACGAGCUGGUCUACACGGUGACGGCGCCGCCGCGCCACGGCUUGCUGCACUCCGCGGCGCGGCCCGGCGUGCCGCUGAGCGCCUUCACGCAGAUGGACGUCGCCGCGCAGCGCGUCUGCUACACGCACGACAACGGACACCGACACCACAGCGACACCUUCAGUUUCGUGGUCAGCAACGGCGAGCGGUCGCAGCCCGGCAGCGUCGGUUUUUCCAUCGAGGCGGUGGACCGCGUCCCGCCGACGUUGGAGGUCAACGCGGGCGUGCGCGUGCAGGACGCCGGCACGGCGGCCAUCACCGCCGAGCAUCUGCGGCUCAGCGACGCUCACGCGCCGGCCUCCGACCUCACCUUCGCGCUCGCUCGGCCGCCGCGGUACGGACGCCUGCUGCUGCGGGGCGUCCCGCUCGGCUCGUCGCCCGACCCCCCGACGGCGACCGUCUUCACCCAGGCGGACGUCGACGGGGGCCACCUGGCUUACCGGCACGACCCGGGCGGCCGGGCGCUCAACGACAGCUUCUACUUCCUGCCCGGAGACGGCCGCAACCGAGGCUAUUUGCGAUACGGACGGCUGAGGACGGAGCCGGCUGUCUUCCGCAUUCACGUGGAGCACGUGGACCGGUGGCCUCCCGUCCUGACCGCGUUGGGGCGCCCCAGCGAGGUGGUCCAGCUGAGGGACGGUCGCUGGGCGCUGUUCAUCACGUCUAGGCAUCUCCAGGCUACGGACGACAGCAGUCCGCCCGAUCAGCUCCAGUUCGCGGUCGUCACGCCGCCGCGCUUCGGACACCUGGAGAACGUCUACACAGGAGCUUACAUCCGAGGCCGUUUCACGCAGCGAGACGUGGAGCGCCGCUCGCUGGUCUUCGUGGUGCCCGCCGACGCGGACGUGACGGAAGACAACUUCCUGUUCCGCCUCAGCGACCUGGCGGGGAACACCGCCGUGCCGCAAACGCUGGAUCUGUCCUGGUCCCGAAUCGAGCUGUCGGCCAGCUGCUUCCGGACCUGCGAGACUGCGGGAACGCUUCAGAUCCAGAUCCGACGGCGUGGGACGAGCGCCGACCCGGCAUACGUGGCCAUCCGGGUCCAGGACGGGACCGCCAAAGUGGGUCGGGACUUCACACACAGCACAGCCGCACUGAUCCAGUUUGAUCCAGGCGUGGAUAGGAAAACGUGGAGCAUUUACCCGGAAGCCGACGGCCUGGAGGAGAACGACGAGAACUUGACGGUCACGCUGAAGGACCCGAAGAACGCCGUCCUGGGCCGGACGACCUUCGCCAGGGUGGAGAUCGUCGACCCCAGAGGAGGACGCUGUGACAUGAGCGUGGCGAAGGCUGACGUGGCCCCGCCCCUUCCUCCCGUUACCCCGCCCACUCUGGCCGAGGAUGACGCCAUCCUGGAUGUGGAGGCGGAGCUGAUGUGGGAGAGCACCGCCCCUCCCCGCGGCGACGUCCCGAACCGCAGACACUUCGCUGACUACGACGGCCGAGGAAAGCCGCGGGACCAGGCGCAACCCGGACAGGCACAGGAGGAAGUGGCCGGGGAUGCUGGGAACGCUGGACUCGAGGCGCUGUCAGCGGGAGCAAAGCCGGACCAGAAAGUCUGGAGGUUCCACAGUCUGACAUCCCUGCGGCUGGAGGAGAUGGCGGCACCACCAGCAGGUGGCGCCACGCAGGAGAGCCGCCCGGGAAACGCCCCUCAGACGGAUCGCGCAACAAGUGGGAAGAAGGAGGCGGAGCUACGCCACCGCAAAACGGGGAGAUCGCCGAGCAGCCGGUGUGACGAGGGCUGGACUCACCACCGGGGGCGCUGUUACCUGGCCAGCUCGUCCGUCAGCAGCCGGGCUAGCGCCGAGCGCUCCUGCUCCUUCCUGUCCGACAGCGGUUUGCCGAGCGUCCGCUCCAGACGGCAGCUCGUGUGGCUCUGGAGAUUUGGCGGGAAGAAGCCAUUUUGGAUCGCUCAGUCCCAGCUCGUCGCAACGCUUACAAAAGGCCUCGGCGGCGUUCCGUCCGGCGGCGCGUCGUCGUCGUGUUUGCUGGCGGAGAACUCGUCACGAUGGACGUCGGGCAGCUGCGACGUCGACUCGGAGCACGCCGUCAUCUGCGAGGCGCCGCCUCGCCCUCGCUAAACGCGCUGAAGCUUGCGAGCCGGCGACGUCGUGAUGAUGAAGAGGAUGACCUCGCUUACUUUCCUUUUUAUUUCCUGUCGCUACUGUUGUUGUUGCCGAAACCAUGUCAAUUUCCCCAUUGUGGGACUAAUAAAGGGAAUCCAAUCGAA